GCUAUUACAGAUUUGGGCGUGGGAGAGAUUGCCCAUGGUGCGACCGCGAAACGUUUUGCCAUUUCAGAAUCUUCAGGAUAUGCCAUAUGGCUGCAGGUGGGCGUGUCGGCACAAUUGGGAACAAAGUUCUCGGUAUACUCUGCGUCUUUAUCGGGAUCAGUUGGACGGGAUCCGAGAGAACGAGGUUAUAAUUAACAAAUAUCAUUUUAGUUUAAUACAUAAUUAAUAUGUAUUUAAAUUAACUUCAAAUAAUAUUGAUCUAGUUCGUGUGGCUCCCAUACACAAUACAAGACCUCCCCUGGUUCUGCGUCGCAGGAAUACAAUUGUGGACAUCUAAUGUGAUGCUUAUAUACUGUGACAUUUUUGAGAUGUACUACCCUGGUAGAUUUUGUCGUCAAUUGGGUGCAAUGCAACAUCGUCCUCUCGCAGCAGAAUCACAAGCUAGCCACCAUGCAAGUGGUGCAAAAAAUUCUGAAUGGCCAUUGACACUAUGGGCUGAAAGGCACAACCGUCGUAUCGCAAUUGAGUUCGUUGCUGAUCCCACCUACACUCCUGCGUACCGUGAAUGGUACGCAAAGUUUGGGAAACGACGGAUUUGUAAUCCGUUACAUGGUCGACCUACAACAGGUUAUGUACCUACUAAUAGGGAGACGAGUACAUUGAUGCAAUGUAUGAGCGAUAUCUAUCGGCGCAUGGCAGCUCCAUUUGACGUCGAAGACAUCCGCGAGCAAAUUGCACGAUGCCUUAUAGGAUUAGAUGCCGAAAACGUCCUUCAUCAAGACAUCAUUUUGUAUGGGGAUGCCCAUGAUGAUGUAAUGGAUGAUCAUCCCCCACUUCGGCAGGACCUUAGAAGAGUCGCUCCCACUCGAGGGCGGCGUUACGGACGCGGUUAUGUUGCUCCACACAUCAACAAUGAUGAUGGUGACGACAAUAAUCAUGAUGAUGAUAAUGAUGAUGGUGAUGAUGAUGAUGAUGAGGAGGAGGAGGAGGACGAAGAUGGUGGUGAAGAAGAAGAACAACCAUCUUCUUAUAUUCAUUCAUGCAUCCCUGCCCCACCUCAUGUACCCUAUCAGUACUCUACACCGACUGGUGCAUACAUUCCGACUUUUGAUGCUCCAUCGCCUAUUCCACAUGUACAACCUACAUAUGAGACGUGUCCCACCCUUUUAAAUUCACCGAUUGAUUGGUUGAACAACUUAUUAGGAUCAGAUGUGAAGAGUGGGAUGGGGCACGAAGCAGGACCAAGCACACAACCGCCGAUUGAACAUAGGCCGAGACGGGAUAUACAUUCUCGACGCUGUGGGACAGGGAGUCACUUCAUG